GCUGGCUGCCUGUGCCUGCUGCUUUUUGUUCCACAACGAUUCAACGCGAUUCUGGUUGCGCACCAGUGCUUAGCUCUGGCUGGGUCGUAGCUAACGCUCCAUCUUGAGUAGUUUCUAGCUUGUGUACUGUACGAGAGUGAUAAAAGUGCUAUUUUAACUGAUGUUUAUAUUUUAAAGUGCGAAAAUCUCGACACAGAAAUGUCUUCGAACAACACCCCGAAACAAUCGACCACUCAACGUAUGAUACAAGCCGUACCCUUUCCGCCAAGCCAUAAGUUGACAGUCGCAGAAGUUUUCGACCCGAAGACGGCCAAACCGAAACCGGAAGUGCUGAAGCAGCAUUUCGUGCUCGAGGGCCGCAUCGAUGAGGCCGCAGCGCUGCGCAUCAUCAACGAUGGUGCGCAGUUGCUGCGCGCCGAGAAGACCAUGAUCGACAUCGAGGCUCCGGUAACAGUAUGUGGAGAUAUACAUGGUCAGUUUUAUGACCUUAUGAAAUUAUUCGAAGUGGGCGGUCCACCCGCCAGUACAAAGUACCUUUUUCUUGGUGAUUAUGUGGAUAGAGGAUAUUUUAGUAUAGAGUGUGUGUUGUAUCUGUGGGCAUUAAAGCUGUGUUAUCCGACCACAUUAUACCUUCUUCGAGGGAACCACGAGUGUCGGCAUUUAACAGAAUAUUUCACUUUUAAACAAGAAUGUAAAAUAAAAUAUUCGGAACGAGUCUAUGAUGCGUGCAUGGAGGCCUUCGACUGUCUGCCCCUAGCGGCGCUCAUGAACCAACAGUUCCUUUGUGUACAUGGUGGUCUUUCUCCAGAAAUUCACAAUCUAGACGAUAUACGAAAGCUAGAUCGGUUUAAAGAACCACCCGCCUUCGGUCCCAUGUGCGAUCUCCUAUGGUCGGAUCCCUUAGAAGAUUUUGGAAAUGAAAACAAUGCGGAACAUUUUUCACACAAUUCCGUUAGAGGCUGCUCAUAUUUUUACAGCUAUGCUGCCUGUUGCGAAUUCCUACAAAACAAUAAUCUCUUAUCAAUUAUUAGAGCACAUGAGGCACAAGAUGCUGGAUAUAGAAUGUACAGAAAAAGUCAAACUACCGGAUUUCCUUCCCUAAUUACGAUAUUCUCGGCGCCCAAUUAUCUGGAUGUUUAUAAUAAUAAGGCGGCCGUACUGAAAUACGAAAACAACGUGAUGAACAUUCGCCAGUUCAACUUUUCGCAGCAUCCUUAUUGGCUGCCCAACUUUAUGGAUGUGUUCACGUGGUCGUUGCCCUUUGUCGGUGAAAAAGUUACGGAAAUGCUCGUCAACGUGCUCAACAUUUGCUCAGACGAUGAGCUGGUGUCGGACGGCGACGAUGCGCUAGAAGAAGCGAAACAGGCUAAAAUUGUUAAUAAAAAACCUGCUAACUUACGAAAGGAAGUUAUACGGAAUAAAAUUAGGGCAAUUGGUAAAAUGGCCCGUGUAUUCUCUGUCUUAAGGGAGGAAAGCGAAUCUGUACUCCAGCUCAAGGGGCUUACGCCGACUGGGGCCUUACCUUUGGGCGCCCUAUCAGGUGGAAAGACGAGCCUUAAAAAUGCUCUGCAAGGUUUCUCGCCCAACCACAAAAUAACGAGUUUCGCCGAAGCCAAAGGCUUGGACGCUAUCAAUGAGCGUAUGCCACCGCGUAAAGACGCGCCUCCGUCGCCCGCCGCCGAAGAGCCAGGCGCAGCACCGGCGCAGCAGUCGAAUCACACGCCCACGUCGGCGGCGCAAGCCAACGCGCACUCGUGAGCUGCGGAGACUGCAACCUAGGAAAAGCCACUGUGACUAUUUUUCUACUGCAGGGAUUCCAUAGUUCCCUCAGCGCAGCGGCGACUCCUAUUGAUAAGUAAACCAUACCACAUUAAGUCAUUGUGGGCUGACGGGUUCGUUACUCAACUGAAGCAACUAUUAGCUGGUCUGACGAUGCUUUUUUUCAUCUUUGUCGCUCGCGUACAACGCCGCGCCCUUCGUCUCGCUCUUACACACUGCUCCAAUGUCCUUUAAUUUCAUUUCUACUUACACACUCUUAACUAUCGACCAAGUUUUGUUUGUUAUAUUGCGUAAUUAUGACAUAUAAUGUGCCUACUACUACUCAUUAUUGACUUUACAUAAUUUAGUUCUGUUUUAAAAGUGGCCUUUUACAUUCCAUGUUACUUAUCUCUAUUCUUGAAUCUUGAAUUACACAAAUAUGAUAUAAACCACGUACUACUUAGUAGAAAGAGUUCGUAGGUGUUUAUGUAAUUUUAAUGGAAAAUUUAUUGUUAACAAACCAAAAAAAAAAAAAAAAAUAGCUGUAGGAAUUGUACCUACCUUUUAUUGUAUGCUUACUGAACUUGAACAGUAUUUUUGGAAAACUACCUCUACUGCAAGUAUUUUUGUAAUUUUUAAUAAUUAUUAUUAUCGUAACAGAGUGAGUUCUGGUUU